AUGUGAUUCUUGAUUUUAGAAGUUCUGAUCUGGUUAGCUCUCACCGACGUUAACAUCAACAGCCUUUUCAAGAUUUCUCUCUCUCUCUCUCUCUCUCUCACAAACACACACACUCUCUCUCUCUCUCUCGAUUUCACACACUGUGUGAGAGAUCUCUCGAUCUGCCUCUCUGCAAUAAUGUACAGGCAUUGAUAUAUACAUAGAUACCUGUAAAUAUAUUGAGGUGGAAAAAAAUGGGUUGGAAGGCGGGCCAGGUUGUAGGGGUAGUCCUUCUAGUGAUGAUAGCUUCCUUCUACACGGGCACUCUCUUUGGCAACAAUUCUUCUUUUCAAUACGCACCACUGAAACAGCAAAACGUACAACAGAAAGCAGCCCCCGCAGCCAGUGAUUCAGCAUCAUCUUCUGGUGUAUUUAGAAAUAAAGUUAGUCUUACUUAUCGGACAGUACCACUUAGGAUCCCAGAAACAGGGAUGAACAUAUGCCCUUUGAGAUAUAAUGAAUAUAUUCCGUGCCAUGAUGUUUCUUACAUCAAAGAGCUACUACCAAAACUAGAUCUUUCUAGGAAAGAGGAGCUGGAGAGGCAUUGUCCUCCUCUCAAUAGACGCUUGUUUUGUUUGGUUCCUCCACCAAUUGACUAUAAGAUACCGAUAAGAUGGCCUACCAGUAGAGACUAUGUUUGGCGAAGCAAUGUAAAUCACACGCAUCUUGCUGAAGUUAAAGGAGGGCAAAAUUGGGUGCAUGAGAAGGAUCAGCUCUGGUGGUUUCCUGGUGGAGGUACUCACUUCAAGCAUGGAGCUCCGGAGUACAUCCAGAGGUUAGGAAAUAUGACAACUAAUGAGACUGGCAACCUCCAUUCUGCUGGUGUAUUUCAAGUUCUAGACAUUGGUUGUGGAGUAGCUAGCUUCUCAGCGUAUCUUCUUCCCUUAAAUAUCGAAACUAUGUCUUUCGCUCCUAAAGACGGCCAUGAAAACCAAAUCCAAUUUGCUUUGGAAAGAGGAAUUCGUGCCAUGAUUUCUGCUUUAUCCACAAAACAGCUGCCGUAUCCCAGCAACUCCUUUGAGAUGGUCCAUUGUUCCAGAUGUCGUGUUGAUUUUCAUGAGAAUGAUGGCAUUCUAAUAAAAGAAGUGGAUCGCCUGUUACGGUCAAAUGGAUAUUUUGUCUACUCUGCCCCUCCUGCAUACAGAAAAGACAAAGAUUUCCCAUUGAUUUGGGAUAAGUUGAUGAAUCUGACUUCUGCAAUGUGCUGGAGACUCAUUGCCCGACAAGUGCAGACGGCUAUCUGGAUUAAGCCAGAUAAUAACUUGUGCCUCCAGGAGAAGGCACAGCAGAAGCUUAUUAGUAUUUGCGAUUCAACAUACAAUGCUAAACCAUCAUGGAAAACACCAUUGAGGAACUGUAUAGAAGAACAUGUUUCCCAGAAACUCCCUCCAAAGCCACAACGCCUCUCAGAGUAUUCCACAAGUCUCACUAAACUAGGUAUCAAUCGGGACAAGUUUUUAUUAGAUACGAUCUAUUGGCAAGAUCAAGUCCGUCACUACUGGAGAUUAAUGGACGUUGGAGAGAAAGAAAUACGGAAUGUCAUGGAUAUGAAUGCUUUCCUUGGUGGAUUUUCAGUUGCCUUGAGCACAUGGCCUACUUGGGUCAUGAACGUAGUUCCAGCAAGCAUGAACAAUACCUUAUCUGCCAUUUACGACAGGGGGUUGAUAGGUGCUUUUCAUGACUGGUGUGAACCAUUCUCAACGUACCCACGCUCGUAUGAUUUGUUGCACGCCAACCGUCUUUUCUCUAGCUAUAGAAGUCGUGAAGAAGGUUGUUUACUUGAGGAUAUCAUGCUGGAGAUGGACCGCAUGUUGCGACCCCAGGGCUAUAUUAUUAUUAGAGGCGAAGAUGAUUCCUUGGUUUCAAGGAUUAUAGAUCUUGCUCCGAAGUUUCUCUGGGACACUCAAUUGCAUUUUCUUGAAGACGAUAGAAAAAGAAUGGAACCCGUCCUAUUUUGCAGAAAGAAGUUCUGGGCCAUCCUCUAAUGAGACGAGAAAACGAAGGCGCUGCCUGUGCAGGUCUUUCUACAUGCAAGUAUCCAAAAUGCUGCUUGUGUUUGACGUUGGGUGGAAACUUCUCCAUUCAACUGCAAAGAUACUCAAAAUUAACGUGAGUACUACUUCUAACUUAUUUUGUCGGUCAUACGCUGCCCAAAGUAUAGAUGUUUUUGCGUCUAUGUUCAGAGCAAUGGGGGUGUAUUUUCUGUUACGGUAGGAUUAGAACGUGAAAAUUCUUUUGUCGGACCUCAACGGAUUCCGUGUAUUCAAAUGUUCUCCAGUUCAGACAGGUACUUUGUGCCGAAGGCGGAGUGUAUUGUAACAAUUGUGUGUCGUGUUAGCUAAUUGUCCUGUAAUAUGAACAGAAGGUUGAGGAAACCUGGGUAGUUUCUUGUCAAAAUUUGGAGCAUUUCUUGUUAGUCUCA